UAUAUUUGUUAACAGCUCUUGAAUUCCUUGUAGCUGAAGUACUUGUACUGCUGGAAUUUCAGCACCCCUGAAUAGUACUUUUUUCAGUGCCAUGUUUGAAUGAAGUCCCACAGACAACAACGUUCACUGGACUAGGCCCAGAAAAAAAUUACUUUUAAGAUGUGUUUGGGGUUUCAGGACUGGCAAAACUACAAGAUGAAAGAUUGUGUUCAACGGAAAAACAUAUUUGGGAUUGCUCUCACUGAGGACUUGAAGAUUUUUUUCCCUGAAAGCCUCAGAAGAUAUCAAGAUCAUUAUUCUGAAUCCCUCUGAACAGAAGUACAGCAGCCCUACACACAUAAUAUGAAACAGAAUGAAAAGGGAGAUUUCUUUGUGAUUUGCAGCUUUCUCUACAGUCAGAGAGUGAAUACUUCAAAAAGCAGCAAAUUAUUUGAAAAACUGAAAUCCAGAACCGGAAGAAUGCACGAAGAAUAAUGUGAAUCUUGGCAGGCAAGAAUAAGUAAGACCAUGACUAUAUGAAAUGCUCAUAAAUAUGACAACACUCUGAACACUGUGUAUUGUUGAAAAAAGAUCCUCCGAUCUUUUAAGAUCCUGGCAAAAGCUAACCUGUAAUCUGAUGAAGAUAGCUGAUGUCCUAAAGAAGGUGUAGCUCUCUCCUCAAAGUAGCAGAAACUAACAAUGGGGCAGGAUAAAACUGAAUCAGCAGCAAAUAACUGACUGAUGAUGACCAUGUGAUCAUUUUUCCUUUAGAUAAUUGCACUGUGACUGUGUCAUGGCAAUUAUUUCAUAUAGUGUGGGGAUGGUGAACCAAACUUUGCACUGCCACACUGAUCUCUAAGCUGUGUGUUUUAGAUCUAGGAAGAGAUUAUAUCUGUCUCAGUAAAAUCUGCCAAACUUCUAUAUUUUCAUAUAUGAGAACACAUAUUAUUAUGAUAUUGGUUAUGUCUCCAUUGUUAUGUAUCAUUAUUUCAUGAAAAUUUGUGAAAUUCAUAAUAAUUUUACUAUAAUGUAUCUGUGAAUUAGUCAUGUAGUUAUAUACAGCCUAAGACAUGUCUCAAUGUUACCUAUCUUGCUUUUUUUUUUACUUAGUGCGUUUCUCAAGCUUCAUUUGAUAAUGCCAGUGCUGUACACCUAGCCCUGUAAAUUUACAGUUCUUCUGCUCUCCCUCUUACAAAGAUGCCUGGCCUUGCUGAUCCACUUGUCACACCUCAGAAACGUCACCUCACACAUGCUAAGUGCGUUUUGAGAACCGAGUAGGCGGGAGCUGUGCUGCAGGGAAGGUCUGUGUGGCAGGGCCCUUCCUCUUCUGCAGGAGGGCUCUGCAGCGCUGUGCAGCCCGGCUGUGCAGCUGCAUGCAGACGAGGGCUCGAUGCUUGUUUUCUGCUUCUCUGGCCAGGCUUCAUGCUUCCUGCUGGGCCCUGCGCCAGCAAUGCUUUGUUACAGAGCCCUGCAGGCCCCCGGGAAAUGGUGGCUCAGCUGAGCCACUCAUGACCUGUCCAUCAAGAGCUACGGUCCUGCUCCUGCCUUACUGUUUUUGUUACUACCUCUGUUUGCUGCAGUUGAAUUCUUCCUGAUUUAUGUCAGCAUGAUGUCAGAGAAAGCUCUUGACUUUGGAUCUCUGUUGAAAUCUUAUCUUGCAAACAGUAACAGUUUGCUACUGUCCCUAUCUGAGCUUGGUCGGCUUUGUUUUCCUCAUUCACAUAGCGUCAGUUUGUUUUACGUAGUUAUGGUUCUACCAGCUGCAAACACCAUAUUCAGCUUCAGCCAACUCUAGGUUAUUAGGUUAUGAAUGCUAAAAAUUAUGAGCAGUGCUUUAAUUUACAUAGUUAUAUCCACACAUCAUCCAGAGUGAAUAAAAGCCAGAUUGUAAAAUAAUUACAAUCUCUUGAAGUGGAGCCAGCCUCACAGACCAGAUCCAUCCAUCUUCAUUAAUUUGUAUACAGUUCUUUUACCAGAACAAACUUUCUGAAGGUACUCGCAUGGGAAUGCUGAAACAGCUGCACAACUUUUAUUUUGAAGAAAAAAAGUUGAGCCUCGGAACAGUAUGUUUUAAAGAGCGAGGGAGAGAGUGACUCUGCAUUUAAGACUUUGACCAGCAUGUGUAAGAAGUGCUCGCAUGGCUGGAAUAAUCUAACACAUUUUUACCUAGGUAGCACUUGGCAAAGCUCCCCUUUUUUUCCUGCACAGUUGAAAGGAAUCCAGUACAACUCCGUGCUUUGAUCAACUUGCCUCCAGUUCUGCUCAGCCUGCAGGGUUUGCUGGUGCACAGCCGUGCCUGUCUUAUGUGGCCUCUAUGGCCCUUUUCUGCUCAACUGUCAGAAAGAGGGAGGGAGGCUUCCCCCAGCACCAAAAUAUCAUUCUGUGUGCUCUCUGCAGCACAGUAGCAAAGAACAAGUUUCUUGAUUACUCCCUGGUCUUUUUGGAGUUAUUUGCUGGAAGAAGUCUUUUUUCCUUCUUUAAAUGGAUGAUUGUGUUACAAUCAAGAAAAAGCAUCUCCAAAGACCAAUCUUUCGAUUAAGAUGCUUGGUGAAGCAACUGGAGAAAGGUGACAUCAAUGUGGUGGAUUUAAAGAAGAACAUUGAAUAUGCAGCAUCUGUGCUGGAGGCGGUUUAUAUUGAUGAAACCAGGAGGCUUCUGGACACUGAGGAUGAACUCUCAGACAUCCAGUCGGAUUCGGUCCCGCUGGAAGUGCGAGACUGGUUAGCUUCUACAUUCACAAGGGAAAUGGGAAUAGUGAAGAGGAGACCUGAAGAAAAGCCCAAAUUUCGAAGCAUUGUGCAUGCUGUACAGGCUGGGAUUUUUGUAGAAAGGAUGUACCGGAGAACUUCUAGCAUGGUUGGUUUGGCUUACCCAGCAGAAGUGAUUGUAACAUUUAAGGAUGUUGAUAAAUGGUCUUUUGACGUAUUUGCCCUAAAUGAAGCAAGUGGAGAACACAGUCUGAAAUUUAUGAUGUAUGAGCUGUUCACUCGAUAUGACCUUUUGAACCGUUUCAAGAUCCCUGUUCCCAAUCUUAUCACAUUUGCCGAAACUCUUGAGGUUGGUUACAGCAAAUACAAAAAUCCAUAUCACAACUUGAUCCAUGCAGCUGAUGUUACUCAAACUGUGCAUUACAUAAUGAUUCAUACUGGUAUCAUGCACUGGCUCACAGAACUGGAAAUUUUAGCAAUGAUUUUUGCAGCUGCCAUCCAUGAUUAUGAACAUACGGGGACCACAAACAAUUUUCAUAUUCAGACAAGGUCAGACGUUGCAAUAUUGUACAAUGAUCGGUCUGUUCUUGAAAACCAUCAUGUAAGUGCUGCUUAUAGAUUAAUGCAAGAAGAAGAGAUGAACAUCCUGGCAAAUUUAAGCAAAGAUGACUGGAGGGAGUUGCGUAGCUUGGUCAUUGAGAUGGUCUUGUCAACGGAUAUGUCGGGUCAUUUCCAACAAAUUAAAACGAUGCGGCAUACUCUACAGCAGGCAGAGGGGGUAGACAAAGCCAAAGCCAUGUCUUUGAUUCUACAUGCAGCAGACAUAAGCCAUCCAGCAAAAUCCUGGGAACUGCACUACCGGUGGACCAUGGCCCUGAUGGAAGAAUUUUUUCGACAGGGAGACAAGGAGGCUGCUUUAGGUCUUCAGUUUUCCCCACUCUGUGACCGCAAAUCUACUUUGGUAGCUCAGUCCCAAAUAGGUUUCAUUGAUUUCAUAGUAGAACCAACGUUUUCUCUUCUUACGGACUCAAUGGAGAAAAUUGUUAUGCCUCUUAUAGAGGAAGCAUCAAAAUCUGAAAGUUCUGCAUUUGGGACACCCGGCCAGAAUAAUUUGGGAGCAGUAAGCAACGUUGAUGCUCAAAGACGACACAAUUUUAGAAGUACAACAAGUGAUGGAGCAGCUCACACAGAAAAUUCCCUAGCAACUGUAGACCUAAGAAGCUUUAGGGACAACUUGAUGCAGAUAAUUCAAGCAAACAAAGAAAGAUGGAAGGAAUUAGCAGUAGAAGAAGAACUUGUGAAAAAUGUUGAUGAACAGGAAAAAGACCAGAGCAGAAAUUCCACAGAUGCACAGUUACAGGAAGAGACAAGAAGCAGACAAAAUGAGAGUAGUCAGGGAAGCGAUGGUACAGCCUGUCCUCCCAGACCCAUCGUCCUACAAGUAGUCACUUCCAACACUGCUCUGAGUGAUGAAUCCAACUCAGAAAAAUGCACUAACUCUGAUCCGAACCAGAAAGAUCUCACCGAUGCCCAGCAAGAAACACAGAAUACAGACCCACUGAAUGGUGAGCCUACACACUGUAAGCAAACAGAAGAUAUAGUAAAAGCCACGGAACAGAAUCAAGCACUGGUACACAACUAGGUUUACUGUUUCUUAAAAGCUUCUGACGUUUCUGGCAGGACAGAAGAAGAACACUGUUCCUACCUCCAUGCUCUCAGAGGCUGUUGUCUGUCAACUUAGAUCAUCUUGUUUCGGUGGAGACUGGGCAAAAGGAUCGAAAGUGUAAAACAUCAAACCCUGAGCUGGGAACUCAACGCACCGAACAACUCUCAAGAUUUCCAUCAUAUUUGUUGUUGCUUUUUCCUUUUCUAUUCUGCUUUCUUAAACUGGCCAAAAUAAUUUUUCCA